CAUCUCGCUGCGAUCCGAGUGCAAUCUGGUGUCAUUCAAAGUCACUGGGGUGUCGCUGGAGUAUCACAGCUUUCCUGGGUAAUCAGAAUCAGGGGGAAGUUUGAUGGUAUUUUUAGGCAUGAGCGUAACCGGAUGGUAGCGCACGCGUACGCAUACGCAUAGAUUACUCAAUACAUGAUCCGCUUCAAGAACUUCAAAAGAACUGGGUGCGUUCUCCGCCUGGCUAGUCUGCUUGACGCUACACAAAAGCACCACGCUGAAUGGGAUCUACAGGUCCAGUUUCAAUCCCGACUGAGAAAAACACAAGGCUGUACAAGCUGAAGUGGCCGUCACCACGGAGGGACUCCUCGAGACUGUUGCACUCCGAUACACAAGGUUCCAAGAUCGUGAUCAACAUCAGCUGUGAUUCCCGGCUCUGGCCUGGCGUCCUGCCCUUAUGGGGCAGCAGCCAGGGAAAUUUGUCGGCGACCAUCGGAGGCCGAGCCUGCCUGCUCUGAACUUCAUCAAGGGCGGAGGGAAGAGGGACGCGCCGCGCCAUGGAUCUCCGCACUGCAACGUGUUCGACGUUCACGAAGCUCUUCAGCGGCCGGACUUUGAGCCUUCCAGUCUGUCUGAGGCGGCACGCUGGAACUCCAAAGAGAACCUGUUGGCGGGACCCAGCGAAAAUGACCCCAAUCUAUUUGUAGCACUGUACGACUUCGUGGCGAGCGGAGACAACACGCUCAGCAUCACUAAAGGGGAGAAGCUAAGAGUGCUCGGUUACAAUCACAAUGGCGAAUGGUGUGAAGCACAGACCAAAAAUGGCCAGGGCUGGGUACCCAGCAACUACAUCACACCCGUCAACAGCCUGGAAAAGCACAGCUGGUACCACGGGCCAGUGUCGCGCAACGCAGCCGAGUACCUGCUCAGCAGCGGCAUUAACGGCAGCUUCCUGGUACGUGAGAGCGAGAGCAGUCCGGGCCAGCGGUCCAUCUCGCUACGCUACGAGGGGCGAGUCUACCACUACCGCAUCAACACGGCGUCUGACGGCAAGCUUUACGUAUCGUCAGAGAGCCGCUUCAACACCCUGGCCGAGCUCGUGCAUCAUCAUUCCACCGUGGCGGACGGCCUCAUCACCACACUUCACUACCCGGCGCCCAAACGCAACAAGCCCACCAUCUACGGCGUCUCGCCCAACUACGACAAGUGGGAGAUGGAGCGCACGGACAUCACUAUGAAACACAAGCUGGGCGGAGGCCAGUAUGGAGAGGUGUACGAGGGAGUCUGGAAGAAGUACAAUCUCACCGUCGCUGUGAAAACUCUAAAGGAGGACACGAUGGAGGUGGAAGAGUUUCUAAAGGAGGCUGCAGUCAUGAAAGAGAUCAAACAUCCUAACCUGGUACAACUAUUGGGCGUGUGUACACGGGAACCUCCGUUUUACAUCAUCACCGAGUUCAUGACCCACGGUAACCUGCUGGACUACCUGCGUGAGUGCAACCGCGAGGAGGUGAACGCCGUGGUGCUGCUCUACAUGGCCACUCAGAUCUCCUCUGCCAUGGAGUACUUGGAGAAGAAGAACUUCAUUCACAGGGAUUUGGCGGCCCGCAACUGCUUGGUUGGGGAGAACCACUUGGUGAAGGUGGCGGAUUUCGGACUGAGUCGUCUUAUGACCGGAGACACGUACACGGCCCACGCCGGCGCCAAGUUUCCAAUCAAAUGGACUGCACCAGAAAGCCUGGCCUAUAAUAAAUUUUCUAUCAAGUCAGACGUCUGGGCUUUCGGUGUGCUGCUCUGGGAGAUUGCCACCUAUGGGAUGUCCCCCUAUCCUGGGAUUGAUUUGUCCCAGGUGUAUGAGCUGUUGGAGAAGGAUUACCGCAUGGAGAGACCAGAGGGAUGCCCAGAGAAAGUCUAUGAACUAAUGAGAGCUUGUUGGAAGUGGAACCCAGCAGAACGCCCAUCAUUUGCUGAGACUCAUCAAGCAUUUGAAACGAUGUUUCAGGAAUCCAGUAUAUCUGACGAGGUGGAGAAAGAACUUGGGAAAAAGGGUAAGAAGCUGACACUUGGCCCCCUACAGCAAGCCCCGGAGUUACCGACCAAGACCAGAACUCUACGUAGAGCCAUGGACAAAGAUGGAGACAGUCCUGAUGGUGCCGAGGCAGAGGUUGCGGUGUCCCCGAUGCUUCCCCGGAAAGAAAGACUGAUGGAUAGCAUCCUUAAUGAGGAUGACAGGCAGUCGUCCAAGGACAAGUCUAAGAGCAGUCUCAACCCCUUCAGUUUAAUGAAAAAGAAGAAGAAAACUGCUCCUGCACCCCCAACACGUAGCAGCUCCUUUCGAGAAAUGGGUAGACAUACCGAUCACAGAGGACUGGGCGUCGACUCCAGGGAUGAUUUCAACAAUGGCUCUUUGUUUGCCACGCAAGGCCUCGACCAUUUAAAGUUCCCCUCUACCAAUAAUAACAGCGCUGGAGGCGUCACAAACGGUGCCCCUACGUAUCCAGGUCAGACAUUCCCACAACACCCACGCAAAAAGGGCACAUCCGGAAAUUCAAACAUGGCUGGAAAAGCCAGUACACCGCCAGGUGAGGAAGACCCGUUGUCCAACUCGAAGCGCUUCCACAGGUCAUCGUCGGCCUCCAGCAUGCCCCCGGGGUCCGACCGCACAGAGUGGAAGUCGGUCACCCUCCCCCGCGACCUACAGUCUCGCCACUUUGACUCGAGCACCUUGGGCGGGAAACCUGCGCUGCCCCGCAAAAGGGCGAACGAUCCGAAACUGGAGAGCUCAUCGCGCGCCGGCACUCUCACCCCACCUCCUCGCCUUCCCAAGAAAACCGACGACGCUUCGGACGAGGUCUUCAGGGAUACAGAGUCCAGUCCCGGAUCGAGCCCGCAGACUCUGACCCCCAAGCUGGGUCACCGGGCGCAGGUUCAGGCCGACGGCUCUAAAACUAGUGCCCUGCAAGCCGAACUGCUCAAAUCGUUCCCUGCCCUGGGAGCAGCCGGGGAGGAGUGCCGAGCCCGCAGACAUAAACAACCUCAAGAUGUUUCGUCUCCGAGAGAGAGGGAUAGGGGGAAGUUGGGAACUAAACCCAAGCCUGCACCUCCUCCACCUCCACCUUCAGGUGUCAAACCUGGAAAGAUUUCCAGGAGCCCCACUCAAGACCUAUCCCUUGACACUAAAGUCAAAGGCACGCCUGAACUGAGCCCCUCCAGCUCUGGAUCGUCCUUCCUGACUCAGGAGAACGCCAAAAAACUAAGCACCUCAAAAGCACAGCCAUCAAAGACCUCGCCUACUUCUCCAACCGGUCAAUCUCUGGGACUAGUUCCUAGCUCUCCGUCUGGCGACCAAGGUUCAGCCACCGCCUUCAUCCCACUGGUGAACACACGCCGCUCCCUAAGGAAAACGCGCCAACCGACCGAGCGCGUUUCCAACAUCACUCGCGAGAUGGUCCUCGAAAGCACGGAGCUCCUGCGUACCGCCAUCAGCCGGAACUCCGAGCAAACGGGCAGUCACAACGCCGUUCUGGAGGCCGGCAACAACCUGUCCAAGUACUGUCUGAGCUAUGUGGACUCCAUCCAACAAAUGAGGAACAAGUUCGCCUUCCGAGAGGCUAUCAACAAGCUGGAGAGCAGCUUGAGGGAGCUGCAGAUCUGUCCUACUGCUACUGGGGGAGCCAGUACAGCACAGGACUUCAGCAAGCUCCUCACCUCUGUCAAGGAAAUCAGUGACAUUGUUCAGAGGUAGCAGAAGUGCCUAAAUCCUUAGCUUCAUUCCUCUUCAGGGUAACCAGCAGAAUAUAAGCAGAUCUAGAGGGGGGAGGUCUUUCUGAUUGGCUGUGACACAUCGUUCAAACUUCGUUCACCUCGUUAUUACGAUAUACUGUAGGACUCACCAAAGUGUCUUGUUAUUGUGCACAAGUUCAAAGGAACCUUUAUGCCCAUUGCGCUCAUUUUUAAAGCAUUAAGAAUCUGCAACUGUGGUCUUCCGGAAAAUAUCCAAGGCAAAGUCUUAAGGUGUUUUCACACUCGCACUUUCGUUACGGAUUUUAAUCCGUUUGCACCAAGAGUUCGGUAUGUUUGGCUGGUGUGAAAGUCUGGUUCUGCUCCAAAGAGUGGUUUGGGUUCCCAUUGACUAAAGUUGAGUUCAGAACGGAUCUGCUUUCAGGCUGAGUAUUAAAUAGCAUGGUUGCCUUAAUGUGUCAAGUUCAGGUUUUAUAAUUGUUGGGAAUCAAGUGGUUCUAGCUUUCGACUCUAGUUUCACCCAAAUCUGUGAUCAGCGACCGUAAAUGUUUACCUUUUAAUUUGCAAAGACAUGCAUUAAUGAACCCCUUCCAAAGUCAAAUCUACGAUCGAUACCCAAGGUAUUUGGACCAAACAGUUGAAUCCGUAAUUCUUCUUCUUCGUAAGUCUUCGCUCACUUCCAGAGGCAAUUCCAGUUUAAAUAAAAAACCCAACCUCAUACGCUGUAUCACCUGUGGUCCAUAUUUUCUUGCGAUUCCUUGUGUUCGAUGACCAAAUCUGUGUUUCCCGUCCAUACUUGCCCCACUUCUUGUGUGUUUUUAGAAAACAUCCUACCAAAAGGCUUUAAUGCGUAAACCUCGACUGUCCCACCAUGUGAGGAAUUGUUCACAAUCACUGUUCCAUGAAGGUUUCAGAUCAGUGCGGAUCUUUCCGCAGUGCCGCCGUGCCUUAAACGUGCUUACCAUGAAUCGACUAUGCAUCUUUAAAAAAAACUUGGCGUCUACAUAUUGAAACGGACUUUUGAUUGAACACUACUGUCUCCAGGACCUGGAGAAGGGACUGGUAAGCGAAGCAGGACCAGCGAUACGAGGACCUGUGUAUGUGUUUUGUUUUAUACAUAAACAAUCUGUAAGAAAGCCAAUCAGCACUCGUCGUUGCUUCGUAACGCUCUGCACGCCACUCGGUCGCUGAAAAGCUUUAAGGAUUAGAAUCACUAACAUGAUUCGAGGUGUUCUGAGCCGCCACGCUAUAGAAGCGCCAUCAUCAUCAUCAUCAUUCGCCUUGUUUUAUAAACUGUCAACUGUUAAGGACUGACAUCAUGAGCUCUAAGAGAUUCUUUAUUUAACCAACCGUCAGAAACGUGUACUAAAGCGUUCCUUUUGUUUUACUUGUAUCGUUGGCAUAAUGCAAUUGUUUUACCGUAUUAGUGUUAGCAUGUACAAACACUUAGCCCUCUGACUGCGACGCUUGAGGAUGAAGCCAACCACAAGCUGCCUUCGUUUCAACAUGGUACCGCCUAUGUUGACUGUGUUGUUUUUAUCUUCAUAAAGAUCAUGCCACUACUUAUUUGUAUGCAAGCAUCAUGGUUUUGUACACUAAUAUGCGCAUCUUUGUAAAUACACAAAGUUUCUUACUCUUUUUAUUUGUUUCUCUAUGUAACAAUGGUGCAAUUUGCUGCGUAAAAUACAAAGCAAUUUUGUUACUUGAAA